CAGGUCGCCACGCCAGUGAAGGACAUGGCGGAGGGUCACGUGAUUAAACAAGGGCUUUGUUAUAAAAAAAAGGAGCGUGAGCGUGUGUACUCGUGAUCUCGCCGGGCUGCGCCGUGCAGGAGGGACGGGACCGGACCGGACGCCGGCGGCCAGGGGACUGUUUUUGUCCCCAGCCAUGGCAUCCCCACGGCAACCCUAUGUGGAUACGGCUCCAAUCCUGACCCAGGCAGAUGACACCGAAGAUGAGGAAAAGGAAGGGCUUCAGUCAGGACCCGGAGGAGUAGGAGAUAUAGAGGUCCUUACAGGCAUCUCCUCUUUGCAUGCUGGAUUUAUCGUGGGGGUCUUGUUCUUCAUUAACUUGCUGAACUACAUGGAUCGCUUCACCGUGGCCGGUGUUCUUCCUGACAUUGAGACUUUUUUUAGUAUUGAUGACAGCAAAUCAGGACUCCUACAAACAGUUUUUAUUAGCAGCUAUAUGGUCCUGGCUCCAAUUUUUGGUUACCUGGGUGAUCGCUAUAAUCGUAAAUAUUUGAUGUGUGUCGGGAUCUUCUUCUGGUCAUGUGUGACAUUGGCAAGCAGCUACAUCCCCAGACAGUGGUUUUCACUUUUAUUGCUGACCCGAGGCUUGGUGGGUGUAGGGGAGGCUAGCUACUCAACCAUCGCCCCUACCAUCAUCGCUGACCUGUUUGUGGGUGAGCGGCGAUCCCGCAUGCUCAGCAUCUUCUACUUUGCUAUACCUGUGGGCAGUGGACUGGGCUACAUUGUGGGGUCAAAGGUGAAAGACCUGGCUGACGACUGGCAUUGGGCCCUGCGAGUAACUCCUGGUCUGGGGCUGGUGGCGUUGGUGUUGCUGUUAACCAUUGUCCGUGAGCCACCUCGGGGUGCUGUGGAGUCACACUCUGACGCCCCUCUGCAAUAUACUUCAUGGACAGCUGACCUGCGGUCCCUGAGCAGAAAUCGGAGUUUUGUGCUGUCAUCCCUCGGCUUCACAGCUGUAGCCUUUGUAACAGGAUCUCUGGCUCUGUGGGCACCUGCCUUCCUGUAUCGCGCACGUGUGGCCAGUGGAAGCCUCCAGCCUUGCCCACCAGGGAAAUUUUGCACUGGUGAUUCGGACAGCCUAAUCUUUGGCAUAAUCACUUGUGUAACCGGUGUGCUGGGUGUUACGGCCGGAGUGGAGAUUUCCCGGCGCUGGCAACGCACGAACCCCCGUGCUGACCCCCUGGUUUGUGCAACUGGACUGCUUGGCUCUGCCCCGUUCCUGUUCCUCGCUGUGGUGACUGCUCAGCAGAGCAUCGUCGCCACUUACGUAUUUAUCUUCAUUGGUGAGACCCUCCUCUCCCUCAACUGGGCUAUAGUAGCUGACAUGCUUCUGUAUGUUGUCAUCCCCACCCGCAGAUCUACAGCAGAAGCUUUCCAGAUCCUCUUAUCUCAUCUUUUGGGUGAUGCUGGGAGCCCUUACCUCAUUGGUUUGAUCAGUGACCGAAUCCAGGUCAGUCGCCCCCUGUCACACCUGUCACAGUUCAGAAGCCUUGAAUAUGCACUAAUGGUCUGUGCCUUCGUGGGAGUUAUUGGCGGUGGUUUCUUCCUAGCCACGGCUUGUUUCAUCCAAGCAGACCGCAAACGUACAGAACUGUACACUCAAGGACAGUUACACGAAUCAUCGGAACGUGAAGAUCGCCUUGUUGUUCCUCAGCACGGCCGAUCAACCAAAGUUCCCGUCUCCAGUGUCCUAAUCUGAAGUCCACCCUUGCCUCUUCUUUCCAGCCUAAGGAAGAAGACUGAACCUGUGGCCUUCCGUGUUCAGCACAGAAGAGGGAGAUAAGGACUCUCUUGAGUGGACCCUGGGUGGGAAGUCUUAUGGACAGCAGGGGAAAGUCACAUUUUUGAUGUUGUGUGUUGGAUUUUUAUAAAGCACUAACUUUAUCCAGA